CAGUGUUCAAGUAACCGUCAAUACGUUCAGUCGGAUUUGUUUAAAUUUUUUUUUUUUCUCUCUCAGUGAUCGCGAUCUAUAAGAAUUGCAAUUGAGAAGAUUACAGGAGCUAAUCUUUUGUUGAAAUUGCAUCGAUACCGAAAGAAAACUGGAUUACUAAAAGGCAAAAGACAAUCACAACAAUGACACAGCACACGCUUAUCGCAAUUUUUCUACUGUCCUUGAUCACAUUGUCGCUGAGCCAAUGUUUGACAGACAACGAUAGCAUACAACCGUUCAAUAAAGAUGCCCGAAGUAAACUAUACUUAGGCGAACAGACAUUCACAUUAAACAUGCUCAAAGCGCUGCAAAGCACAUCGCCCAGCGAAAAUAUUUUCUUCUCACCAUACAGUACGUUCCAUGCACUGUUGUUGACCUAUUUCGGUGCCAAGGGCACCACAGAAACGGAACUGAAAAAUGUAUUGAAUCUGAACUGGACCAAUAGCAAAUUUGAUGUGAUGCAAGCGUACCGGUUGGAAGAAUCGCUGAGACAGCGUAGAGCCGCCAAUUCGUCGGUGAUUUUCCGAACAGCUGAUAAAGUAUUUGUGGCUAAAGAGGCUGGUUUCAAGGAAUGCAUGAAGGAUCUCUUUCACGAGGAAUUUGAAAGUUUGGAUUUUCAAAAGGAUGCAGAGAACAGUCGCGUCUACAUAAAUAAAUUUGUGGAAAAUGUGACAGACAACAACAUCAAAGACAUUCUUAUACCUGGCACAAUUACACAAGCCACCGAUUUGGUUGUGGCUAAUGCCGCUUAUUUCAAGGGGCAAUGGGCAUCGAAAUUCAAUGCGGACGAAACGUUCAAAGGCAUUUUCUAUUCGACUCCGGAAAAAUAUAACUUCGUCGACAUGAUGUACAAAAAGGGGGUGUUCAACCAUGCGGUCAACGAACGAUUGGGCUGCCAUGUGCUAGAACUUCCUUAUCUCGGCGAGGAUAACGGAAUUUCCAUGAUGAUCUUUUUGCCGCCAUUUGUGCCGAAUGGCUUGGAAAAUGUCCUUACACGCCUAACACCACAAGCUUUAGAGGAAGCUCUUGACGAGGGCGUGUCACGAGAAGUUGAGCUGCAGUUGCCCAGAUUCAGUUUCGAAAAGACCUAUCAAAUGGUGCCGGUACUCAGUGACAUGGGCAUCAAAAAUCUGUUCGAUUCAACCGCCAAUUUGACUGGCUUCAGCGACAAGGCCAAUCUACAUCUGGACGAUGCAGUACAUAAAGCCAAGAUCGAAGUGAACGAAGAAGGAUCGACAGCUGCAGCGGCCACAGUUCUGUUCACUUUCCGUUCGUCCAGACCAUUGGAUCCGGCUCAGUUUUUCUGCGAUCAUCCGUUCAUGUUCCUCAUUUACGAUCAGAAGUCCAGAGCCAUUCUGUUCGCUGGCGUUUACCGAGGACCCGAACAGUAAACGGGAUUCCGGCCGCAGACUUUAUGCUUAUUAGACAUUAUAUGUGCUUGGAGUGGAGUGAAUCAUUCGCAAAUUUAAUUUAUUUAUUUAUCCAUCGGUUGAGAUGCAGACACAAUAUGUGAACCAAAAUUUUGAGAAAUUAUUUUGAACUGUAAAGAGAGACCAGCGCGGGCGUAUUCAGUGUAAUUUUGUUCAACGACCCUUAAAUCAAUGCGGUUCGUAUACCAAACAUAUAUCUAAUCAACUUUGUAAGCUUUAAACCCUAAAAACACUGCAGUGUGUGGAAUAAAAAUUUUAUUUCGAGCGACG